ACACGCAGCCGCAGGUAAGAAGACAAACAAGGACAGGUGUGUAUACACAAAAGAUACAGAAUAGAAUAGAAAGCGACUCGACUCGCCGACUCGUUGAAAGACAGAGAGAGAGAGAGAGACAGUGGCAGAAAUCUAUUCAUCUCAUCUUCGUCUUCCUUUUUUUCAUCUUCUUCUCUGAUUCGAGAGUCAGAUCCAGUAGUGAAGAAGAGACGAUUAACCGCCAUGGUUAUUAGAGAGAAAGAGCAAAUCCCUACUAAGGAGAAGAAGCUCCUCGUCGGCGUCAUAUGGAACUUCUCCGCAGAGCUCAAGCUCAUUUUCAUGGCGUUUAUCGUUUUAUGCACUUUAGCCACUCUCUUACCUUUGAUACCUUCUUCAUUCUCUCUCUCCGCCUCCGAUUUUCGCUUCUGCAUCUCACGCUUCUCCCCCGCCGUUCCCGAUAACACCACAUCCACCUCCGUGGAAGAGUUACCGGAAAUCACGACGGAGAAGACCACGGUGGAGCUAGAUCGAGUGUUGGAUAACGGCGUUAUCAAACGGUCGUUUACUGGCUACGGCUCUGCAGCUUAUAACUUCGUCUCCAUGAGCGCCUACAGAGGCGGCGUUAACACUUUCGCCGUCAUCGGCUUGUCGUCGAAACCCCUCCACGUGUACGGCCAACCUUCUUACCGCUGCGAGUGGGUCCCUCUCGACCCGACUCAGGACCCGAUUUCUACAGACGGGUUUAAAAUCCUAACCGAUUGGGGAUACGGACGGAUCUACACGACCGUCGUCGUCAACUGCACAUUCCCAUCAGUCGCCGCCGUGAAUCCCGAAAACUCCGGCGGAAACCUCAUCCUCCACGCCACCACCGGAGAUCCAGACCGAAACCUCACCGAUUCGAUCCCAGUCCUAACGGAACCCCCAAACUCCGUCGAUUUCGAGCUAUACAACUCCACAUCUCGUCCUAAAAAGUACGAUUACCUCUACUGCGGCUCGUCUCUCUACGGGAACCUAAGCCCGCAGCGAGUGAGGGAGUGGAUCGCGUACCACUUGCGGUUCUUCGGCGAACGGUCGCAUUUCGUGCUCCACGACGCCGGAGGGAUUCACGAGGAAGUGUUCGAGGUCUUACGGCCGUGGAUUGAGCUCGGGCGCGUGACGGUGCACGAUAUCAGGGAACAAGAGCGGUUCGAUGGGUACUAUCAUAACCAGUUCAUGGUUGUAAACGAUUGCUUGCAUAGGUAUAGAUUCAUGUCCAAGUGGAUGUUCUUCUUCGACGUUGACGAGUUUAUCUACGUUCCUCCGAAGAACACGAUCUCCUCGGUUAUGGAAUCCUUGGAGGAAUAUUCUCAGUUCACUAUUGAGCAGAUGCCGAUGAGUAGUAAGAUCUGUUACUCCGGCGACGGUCCCGCGAGAACAUACAGGAAAUGGGGAUUUGAGAAACUGGCAUAUAGAGACGUCAAGAAGGUUCCAAGACGAGACCGUAAGUACGCGGUGCAGCCGAGUAAUGUAUUCGCGACGGGAGUUCACAUGUCUCAGAAUCUACAAGGCAAAACAUACCACAAGGCAGAGAGCAAGAUCCGUUACUUCCACUACCACGGCUCCAUCUCUCAGCGCCGUGAGCCUUGCCGUCAACUUUUCAACGACUCUCAAGUUGUUUUCGAGAACAAUCCUUACGUGCUCGACACUACGAUCCGUGACGUUGGCCUCGCCGUGAAGACGUUCGAGAUGAGAAAGAUCGGUGACCGGCUGCUUCGGACUCGGCAAUGAAAAUAUAGUAUAGUUAAGAAAUGAAUUGUGAAUGUAUUUUCCUCGUUAGAAAGAAUUAGAGUUGUCAAGAUGGGUCAGAUGUUUACUUUUAUUGUUUUUCUUUUGGGGUAUUCUUUUAUUGUAUCAUAAUUUGGGUAUGGGUUCAUAAAUAUAGCAUAAACUCUUCUUUGGUAUAGCAUUUCUGUAUGGAUUAGAAAAAAAGGUUUCUUUUAAGUAUAUAAAAUUAGUAAGAAUAAUUGCGGAGAAAGAUCUCAAACGGCAU